AUUUGAAAUAAAGGCGCAGUUAUAGUUCCAACAGAAAGAAGAUUAGUCAGUCUACACAAUGGUAUGAUCGACAAUCGAUCAACACAGGACGGAAAAAUCGUUUGUCAUUUCGUCAUCCUUGUCAAAUAUGGAGGAAUUCUCAACUGGAACAAAAACUGGAUCUGAGUACCGCAUCGUUCUCUUGGGAAAAACUGGAUCAGGAAAAAGCUCAACAGGAAACUCAAUUUGCGGUGGAGACGUUUUUGGCUCGCACGUGUCUGAAUCUUCGGUCACUAAGACCUGCCAAUAUGCCGAAACCUGUCGUUUUGAUCAAGAGCUAAGCAUCGUAGACACCCCGGGGUCCUUUGAUACCUGUAUAUCCAAUGACGUCAUCAUGGCAGAAGUGACGCGAUGUUUGGCGCUCUCUGCUCCCGGUCCUCAUGUUUUUAUCUACGUUUUUAAUGCACUUUCCAGAUUUACCAAAGAAGAGGAGGAUUCAAUCAAUCAGUUUGUUGAAAAAUUUGGGGAGAGAGUAUUUGAUUACAUGAUGAUCAUCUUUACAAGGUAUGACGAUUUAAGGAGAUGUACUACUCUACCAUCUAAAUACCUUGCCAACUUAUCUCCAAGUUUCAAAGCGUUUUUAAAUAAAUGUCAAUACAGAGUAUGUUGGUUUGAUAACACCUUAACAGGAUCUGAGGCGGAAAGACAAGUUCAAACCCUUCUUGGAGUGAUUGGGAAAAUUGUAGAGGAAAAUGGUAACAUUAGCUACUAUACAAACACACUAUAUACCGAGGCUGAGAAAAUUAUGAAAAAGCGAGAAGAAGAAAUACUAAAUGAUGAGAAAAAGAAUAAAAAUGAAAUGAGUGUUCUGAAAAUUCGUGAGGAACACAUCCAGAAAGAAAAGAAAUCCAAGGAAUGGCGAAUAAGAGACAUUGAAAGAAGACUCGGAGAACUUGAAAAAAUAGCCAAAGGAGAGAACGGAAGUAGAAACCUCAAAAGAAAAUCAAAGAGCAGUUCAGACGAUAAGUCUCUGGAGAAGGAGGUGCACUUCUUAUGUCGUGAGAUGGAAAAAAUAAAGUCAAAUGAUUUAGGAAUGAUUGAAAAACAACAGAAAGAAAUCCAAUGUCUGAAGGCGAGAUUGUUUAAGAAACAAAAUAAAGGUCACCCAAGAUCAGUAGCCAGAAGAGAACUCUCCAGGAAAAACAGUCCUCUAAGUCGCAUUAUCUGCAGAGGAAUUAUGGCCCUGGGAAAACACUUACUAGCGGGAUUUGUAGGACUUUUGUUGCUGUGAACAAGAUCAGUAAAAUCAGUAUACUGUAUUUUAAACAUUCAAAAUGUACCAUAUAUUUAAUAGACCUUUUUGUGUACAUUAAGCAACCAAUUUAAUUUCUAUAUAUGCCCGAAUAACACUAAAUAUUUUUAGCGAGAAGCAUAUAAACUAAUAUGUCUGCAAUAUUUAAUAUUCAUUUCAAGAGAGAAGUAUUUUUUGCAAAUUUAUAAUGUCUUGAGAGGUAACGAUUGCAAAAUGAUUUGUACAGCAUUUUAGUUUUAGUUAUUGCAAAGUGUAAUUUCCUGGCUUUAAAGCUAAAUUGAAUAUUCCUAGGGGUUAAUGCUUCUCGUACGGUAUAGCUUUCAGAGUUUAUAAUUUAAAUAUGUACAUAGUUACAAAACUGAUUACGAACGAUGAUUUGCUCUAUGAUCCAUUGCGAGGACGUAACAAUGAAAUUUACUCAAAAGGAGUUAUUCACAUUUUAAAGUUUUUUUUAGAAAAAAAAUCAUUACGUACAUGUUGUAAAAGAGUUUAAGGAAAUCUGAUCCUCGGGGUCUGAAAAUCAGGCAUUGAGUAAUUGAAAAGUUUCUCAAAGAUGUCUCUUGUUGCUAAACGUGAUGUGUAUUGAAACACCAUCUUCAAGGUUAAUCAUAUUAUAAAGGAAAAAUAAGAUAAUCUCGAAUACUUUUUAGGAAAUGCAAAUAAAACUACCUACUGCAUUUUGUCGAAUUGAAAAUUGAUCAACAAAUACCAUUUAUGAAUAAAAAAUUUUGGUAUUUAUGCUUGUG